AUGGAACCCAGAUUAGAGUCCAGCACCCGCGUUUCGCGCUCUUCCUCCAACGCAUCCAGGAAGUCCAACCUGACGCUCGACCUCUCCACCCUUCCUCCUCUGUCGCAACCGACACCACCCUCCAACACCCUCAUCUUCACCAACCUCAAUGACCUCGCAAUAUUCGGCGCCGAUUCUCUCGCCUCCAUCCGCGAUCUCAUCUCUCGAACCGCCACCAUUCACACAUGGGCACCCCUGAAGUCCUUCCGGCGAAUCAUUGUGUCAUUCUACGACGAAGAGGCGGCCAUCAAGGUCCGCCAGGUGUGGGAUGGCGAGAACGUCUCAGGGGAGCGUAUCCGGGUCUACUUUGGUCAGAAUACCCCUCUCGAGGUCAAGGAUGAGCGCCUGGCGCUGCCUGAUGCUGGCAAGCUCUUCUUCAUCUCCCCACCUGCAAGCCCACCCCAUGGAUGGGAGGUCCGCCAAGAGGACGCACCCAACAAGCUGGUCCACGCCGACGAUCUCGCCCUAGCCCUUGCGAAGCUUAACCGUCCGACAGAGUCACCCACCCUCGAGUCACCUGUGACUCCCGGAGACAGCCGCAUGCCCAGCACAACUCGCAGCCGCAGCUCCACUCUCAUCUACCAGCCUGACGACAAGAGCCCCAACAUGCCAGCGGUCGUGGUUGAGGAUAUGACCGAUGAGCCCGAGGGUUUGAGUCUCGAGACCAAGGCCAUCAUGGCCCACACAUCCAUGCCUCCUGUGGAGCUUAUGGCCGACUCAUAA